CAUGCGCAGUUUCGUGAUACUGCAGAGGAACGACCUGUUUACAAUGCAGUUCAAUGUGUGUAUGUGUUAGCAGGAAUGUAUGCUCGAAUGAGUUUAUAAAGGGUGUGUCAGCUUUCCAUGUCCUCGCCCUGCUUGUGCAAUCGUUAAAAUAGCAGUUAUUCGAGUUAACAUGUCGUUAUAGCGCACCAUUAAUAUAUUUCGGAAAGUUUUAAGGACAACUCCAGAGGCGGGUCGCUGGGCACAGCAAUGGCGUUGUCCACCAACAUCCCCGGGAUGCAGAUCAAUGACAACAAGCCACGGAAGUACUUCUCGCUACUAUUCUACCAGGCCGUGCGGGACCUCAAACCCGUGUGGAUGUUGGAGGACAUGCGGACCAUGGAGACGUUUUACCAGGAGGUCGACGACACCCAAAGAACUUACAACCCGUCCGAGGCACUGCUGUACGCCAUAGUGCACGACCACCAGCCGUACGCCCGUUACUUGCUGAGCCACUACACCGACGAGGCGCUCUCUCGGCCCGGGGAGCGGUUCUGCUGCUGCCCCUCGUCAGCCCCACAUCUGGCAAUGACUGUUCGCUACGACAGGCGGUACAUCUUGGGUCUCAUCCUACAGGAAGUGCAUCGCACCAAGCCGAGCAUCCCUUCCUACACGCGCCAGGGGGGAUGUCUGCACGCAGAUGACGGCAAAACACCACUUCACUUGGCGUGUGAACUCGAGCGCCCCGAGGCUGUCACUAUGCUCCUCGGCAACGGUGCGUCCCCGUGCGUGGAGGACCACCAGGGCAGGACCCCGCUAGACGUGCUGCUGGCACGGUUCAGGGAGCCCAGCAAUGUGACACCGGCGGAAAGAAGACGAACUCUGGACAACUUGUUGAUGUUCAUGCCCGCCGGGUGUCACUUCAAAAUGAAAGGCGUUCUCGGCAAGGAGCCGGACUUCUGGUCCAAGGCUCUCGGCGAGGCCACCUUUCAGUACCUGGUGGGGAAGACCCCCGCGGCGCUGGUCCUCUCCGCCAUGCAGACUGUUCUCAGACAAUUGAGCCCCGCGAGGUUUCCGGACAGCCUACUGGAGCUCCCCAUCCCGUCCUCGCUGAAGCCGCUCAGUUUAACCCCCUGUUCCGGUCCUUCCCGCGAGAGAUCGAGGAUGAGAUUUGUGUAGUAUAGUGUUGUCUGUUGACAUUUCAGCAGAGGCAAUUUGAUGUAGCGUUCAUAAUGUAUGCCUACCAUACGGCACUGUAGCCUACUGUAGGCCCACAGUCCCAAAGCCUGCAAUCAGCAUGAUGCUAGCCUAUACGACCAGCGUCAUGGGUUCAUCCCAUGAGGCCUAUUUACAGAGAUGGGCUCCUUGAUUAUUAUUUUUAAGCCAGACUCUUUUGUGAUGUCAUUGAUCUUAACAAUGGUUCCCCCUAGCUUGUGUUGAUGAUGGAUAAAAAAACGAUGCAAGUGGUUUCUCUCAUAAAUCCCUUUAAAAACAAA